AUGUCUAAUUUCAAAAGUCAAAGUUUCAAGUUCAGAGAUUCGGAAAGAGAAGUUGUUUCUGUUUUGAUCGAAAAUUAUGACUAUGAAUUUCAAAAAAGAGAAAGUGAAAUUCUUGAUGAUAUUAUUAUGGAAUUUAAAGAAUGGAUCUUCCGUGAACAAACAGAAACUGUUGGAUAUUAUCCGAGGCUUUUCGAAAAAUUAAAAGAAAUAGAAGAUAAAGAUAACGAAACUAAACUUCGCGGAAUAAAUGAGUUUCAGCUAUUAGUUCAAGAAAGAGAACUUAAAAGAAAAGGUCUUGCCGACAAUUAUGGACAAAAUUAUAUUAAUUUAUUGAAAAAACUUAAAUCUGAGAAUUUUUAUUAG